AUGGAAAAAAAGUCUGCUUACACUAUAAUCACUUAUUUCACAGAUGGGAAGCAAUUGUUGAUUUGUUGCACAAAACUACAGAUCCACAAGUUGAGCACACAGGAAGAAAACGAGAAGGUGCUCAAGCAAUUAUUAAAGGAUCCAAUGAUGGCAUCCAUGAACCAGGGGACUUGCCAAAGGAGACACUUUCUAAAAAGUUAUUUGAACUGGGAGAGCAAAAUGUGUCAGCCACAGAGGAAUAUUAGACCUGCCUCUGAACCUGUUUUACAUCACUCUAAACAAAGCAGCUCAAUAGAUCAAGAGACUUGGAUUGAUCGAUUCAAGAAACUAGAAAAUGCUCUGCAGUUGUGCCAGAUAGAAAACAGUGGUAAUGUAUUUGAAUAAACUUGCAAAAUAAUGUUACACAGAUAAAACUAUUUUAAACUUGCAAAAACAUGCUCACCCAAGCCAUGUUUAUAUUAAUUAACACCAGACCAUCACCCUUUAUCUGCUGCCUUGCAAAUCCUGAAAGAUGCUGCUUUGGGGUUAUUGUGACUUUCAGGAAUUAUAUGUAGCACUAAGAUGAACCAUAUCCAGAAAACCUUAGUCUUGAAAUAAGCUAUGGGGCAGGGAUAAGUACUAACAUAGGUAGAUUAUGCCUUUAAAAUUUCAUACAUACACCCAUGCACUUACAUUUGCUCAUCUAUAUUAGUGCUAUUCUAUAUGUACUUGUGCAUAAGGCUUAGCCACUGUCUCAAGAAAUAGUUGAACUAAAAAAACAGCUGUUUUGGACUUAUCUCUGCUAGAUAUUUUAUAUCAUGACCUGUAUCACAGUAAGAAUUCCACUGAUACUAGUAAUAUAGCUACUCGACAUAAUAUACUGUGUGAACAAUGGCAUGUUUGAGAAAGUAUAAUUAUUGUUAUAUGUGAGUUAUAGGGACAACACAUUGUACACAGUGCAUUAAAAGAUUGCUUAUCAUUUACAUCAGUCUCUGGCCAGUGGCAUAACUACCGAGGUAGCAGUGGGUGCGAUUG